AAAUUUUUUUCUACGCUCGCGUAAUUUUUGUGUGCUUUUUAUCGUGCGAAUUUUAUAAUUGAAUUGAAAUUGAAAAGGAUUUGAUAUGGAUCAAAAGCGUGGAAAUGCUCGCCAAGGCGCCUCCAGGACGAGCGUUGCCUCGCGACAUGCUGCUGGUAUGCCGGCCAAUGCUACUAACGUGGCACGCAAAUACGGCAGCGAGGUCAGCCUAACGCCCAGCCAGGCCAGGCAGAACGUGGAAAAUCCACGCAAGAGUCCAUUGGAUGCUUUGAGUCGCAUGAAUUAUCGCCAGGAUCCGUUCCAGCGCCGUUCAGGCUUACAGGAUGUGGACGAUUCGUUCUUGGCUUCGAACGCUUUUGCACGUCCCUCACGCUUACGUCACUCGGGUCUGGAAGCCAGUAAUGUGCCUGUGGCCGGCACCCAGCAGCCGGCUGCCAAUGCUGCUGUCGCACCCAUACGUGUCGCCUCUGGCCAAGAGCCGCUGCAGUCUCAGGUGCAAUACCAGCAACAGCAGCCACCUCUAAUGCAGCAGCCGCAGCAGCAGCUGCCGCCACAGGCUGCUCAGACACCACAGCAGGCUGUCGGCAAUAUUGCUCCGRCACAAGUACAAAUGCAACAGCAGCAGCAGCAGCCGCCUGCAGCGGUGCCACAGCAACAGCAGCCAUUGGCUCCAGCAACAGUUGUGACCGCACAGCAGCCACAGCAAUCGAUGCCGCAACAGCAGAAUCAACAGGCGCCGCAAUAUGUGCAGCCACCGGCAGCUGGUCAACCCACUCGCCACGAUCCCUAUCCAACUGGACGAGCCCAUGUGCAGCAUCAGCAGCAACCGGAUGUGCAGCAGCAGCAGCAGAUGGUGCAGCAGGAUGCAAAGGGACAAGGUCAAGCUCAAGCACAGAUGCAGCAGCAGCAGCAGCCAAUGCAACAGCAGCAGCAGCCACCGGCACAGAUGUCGCCACGUAAAUACCAACAGAUGCAACAGCAACAGCAGCAGCAGCAGCAGCAGCAACAGGGCUACUCUUCUCAGGCGGCUAAUGCUGUGCCGCCGGCUGCUGAGAUGUGCACCACAUGCCCCAAUUGCCAGACAACCAUUUACCUGGUGCGCACACCUGAGCUGGGCCAUGGCGACGCUGGUAUGCCAAUGCAAUAAUGACCAACAAGCAGGAACAACCCAUAAGAAAUAACCAAAUUCGAUAUCAUCUGCGAAGUCUAAAAAUCAAAAAUGGAAAAUUGAAUUCUUGUGUGAUCUUUGGCAUACGAAAUUCAAUUUGAGGAAAUUUAGAUGCGAUUGCGUGUGAGUGUGUUGACUCACAAUGCAUCCAAAUUUGAAGUUAACCAAGUGCCAAAAUGAACAAGCAACAACUAGCAAAGACACAACAUAUAUACAUAUAUACAUAGCUAUACAAAAUUCCCUGUUCACCUUUUCCGACCAAGUCUGCCCAAGUCGAAAGAUGAAUAACAACUUUUUUUUGCUAGAACAGCUAAAGCUUCCAUGCUCUGACUCGAAAUUUCAUUGUAAAUAAACUACAGAUUUUAUUUCAUA